AUGACAUAUUUGCAUGACAGUGAAGUUGGUUCUUUCCUGAAGCAUGCUCCUUGGGAGCACACUGAAAUGUCUGCAUCUCUCAAUGGACCAAUGGUUUUGACCCUAAAAUCUAAAUACAGACUGGACGGAGGAUUGGUCUUCUCCAAAAAUUUUAGAAUGAAGUACAAAGAUUGUGCUGAUAUUUUAAAAAAGAAACCACAUCGUAAAAAUAGAGAUGGUGUGUACACAAUCUAUCCUGAAAAAGGCAUGAAAAAGAAAGUGUUCUGUGAUAUGACAACAGACGGAGGGGGGUGGACGGUAAUUCAAAGGAGAAUUGAUGGUUCCACAGAUUUUAAUGGGAAAAAAUGGGCUGAUUACGCAGAAGGAUUUGGAAAUCCAGCACACGAAUAUUGGCUAGGAAAUGAUGCAAUCCAUGUUCUGACAAAAUCUGGAAAACAGAAGUUACGAAUAGACGUGGCCAGAUUUUCAGGAGCUAAGGGUUACGCUACAUAUUCAACAUUUAUAGUUAACAACAAAUCAAACAAGUAUAAACUAAAGGUCGGAGGAUAUAAGGGAUCUCCUGGGAUCAAAGAUAAUCUCUCAUCAUUUAGUGGCAUGUUUUUUUCCACCACUGACAGCGAUAAUGACACAUGGGGUGGAAACUGUGCAGCCAAGUAUGGAAAUGGUUGGUGGCACAGUGCUUGCAGUCCUGGCAGCUUGAAUGGGAAGUACUACAGAAAACCAACCGUAGCUACUUCUGCAUUUACUUGGUAUUACUGGUCUCACAAGAAUUCAUAUGGACUUUUAAAGAGGGCACACAUGAUGAUUAAACCGAAAUGA